UGCCAAGCCUUAUGUAAACUGUUUUGAUUGGACAAAAGUUUAAUCAGAAAGUGAAAGAACAUUGAAAACCAGUUCUGUACAGUGGCAGUCUGCUCUUAAAAAUCAACAUGAGUGCCGUUUUAUCCAGCCUUACUAUAGAGCAAAGGAAGAAGCUGCGCUCUAUGUUUUAUCCAAGCAAACUGAGCCUGUUGUUCAAAGCCAGUGUGCAUGGGUAUCACUAUGAGUACUUUCAUCAGAAGUGUGACAGGCAGGGACCCACUGUCGCUGUGGCUUACAAUAACUCAGGCUAUGUAUUCGGAGCAUUCACCAAUACCGAUUACGCUCGAACAGGGAGAAAUGUAGUGGACAACAAAGCCUUCCUGUUUAGCUUCAAUGACAGAAUGGGCAAUGCAGAUCCCCUCCGUGUGGUCGGUAGAAAUCCCCAGUGCUCUUUCCAUGACGGAUCCAAUACUGGUCCAAAUUUUGGAUCUUUGGCGUUCAUCUAUAAUAAUACGGCCACAGUCUACAGCAAUCCUGGAGAGUACUACCAGUUUGAUCCACUGCAGAUGCAUGGGAAUAACUUAAAUCUGACUGAGUUCGAGGUGUACAGAGUGGAAGACUAUGGAGGGCUUAUGGAUAAACCAUGGAGAAAUGUCCAGUGGACUCCUGAGAGCAGAAAGGAAAUCUCUUGCUCUGUUUCUGAGUGGAAACCUUCUGUUAGCUCAGUGAAACAAGCCCGGAUUUUAAUGGUGGGCCCUGUUGGUGCCGGCAAAUCAAGUUUCUUCAACUCCAUCAACUCUGUAUUUAAAGGUUAUGUGAGCACUCAGGCCAACACCGGCAUUGCCAUCUCCAGCUUGACUACUCAGUUUCGUACCUAUCGCAUCAAGGCAGGCAAGGGAAACUUUCUUCCCAUCAUGCUGUGUGAUACAAUGGGACUGGAAGAAGGUGUGAAUGCUGGAAUGAAUAUAGAUGAUAUCACCAAUAUUCUGAAGGGCCACAUUCAGGACAAGUAUCAGUUUAAUCCAUCAGCGCCUCUGCAAGAUGAUUCCCCCCAUUUCCACAAAAGUCCCAGCCUCAAGGACACGAUUCACUGCGUUGUCUUUGUGAUAGACACCUGCAAAGUUAAAAUCCUGUCGAAAAAAAUGAUAGAGAAGUUUGUGACACUUCGCAGAAAAGCCAACCAGCUGGGUAUCCCACAGCUGGUGCUGUUGACAAAGGUGGACGAGGCUUGUCCCUUAGUUACAGCAGAUCUGAAAAAUGUCUACCAGAGUCACUACAUCAGGAGAAUGAUGCAAGAGGUGUGUGGUAAUAUUGGAGUUUCUCUGACUGCUGUUGUCCCAGUGAAGAACUACAGCGAGGAGGUUGAGCUGGAUCCUCAUACAGACAUCUUGCUAUUGAAUGCCUUAAAUCAUAUUCUCAGAGCUGCUGAAGGAUACUUUGAUAAUCAGGGUGAAGAUGCAGUAUCUGUAUAGACAGCUUUAAGAAGACAUUUAAGGAAAGAAAACACGUAUUAAUAAAUAAGUGGUUAAUAUUAAGUAUUCCGCAAUUAUUUUCUCCUCUUACAGUAUAUCUAGCCAGAUGGCCAAUAAAGGUGCUACAUGAUGUCAUAGAAAAAAACAUUUGUGGAGCAAAAACUCCAGUGUUAAAUUAACUCUCACAGAGUUGAUUUCAACACUUUCAGAGUUUAUAUAGCUCCACACUUAUCAGAGUUAAAUGAACACUUUCAAGAGAGUUAUUUUUAACACUAGGUCAGAGUUUCUUUGACUCAAAUAAGUGUUAGUUAAUUUUUUAACACUAAGCCAGAGUUUCUUUGACUCAAAAAAGUGUUAAAGGGGUCACAUUAUGAGAUUUCCAACGUGUAAAAUAACUCUUUGGUGUUCCCAGAGUGCAAAUGUGAAGUUUUAGCUCAAAAUACCCCACAUGUAAUUUACCUGUUAAAAUUACCACUUUGUAGGUGCAGGCAAAAGUGUGCCAUCUUUAGCUGUGACCAUUAAAAUGCAAAUGAGCUAAUGAAAUGGAAACACUGAUCACAAUGAUGGUGACUUUAAAUAAAACAGCCAUCAAACUUUACAAGUUAGAUGUAAAAUGCAAUUUUAGGUUUCAAACAGAGAUGGUGAUAGAGAAGAUAAAGUUAUAGAGGAGCAUUAAAAAAAAUAGUGUAAACAAUUUAGUUUUACUUACAAUUCAAUCUGCAGGACACAUGGAAAUGGAAGACUGAAAUGUGUGGGCGGAGUGUAAUUACAUCUCCAAGGAGUUAGUUUAACACCUGUUUAACACCUUAACUCUGUAGGUUAACUCCAACUCUGAACAACAAUUUACUCUAAAUAUGUUAAAUUUACUCUUUGGGUGUUGAAUUCAACUCAGAAAUGUUUAACACUGAAAUUUUAACUCUCCAAUUUUUGCUAUGUGGUUUUGCAAAGAAACUUUCUGUUGAACAAAAGUUUCUUUGUAGUAAAAAAUGUAAAAAAAACUUUAAAGGAACAGUAUGUAAGAAAUUUAUAUCAAUUAAUCAUAAUAUGGCCCUGAUAUGUCACUAGACAUUAAGAAAUAAUUUUCAUUUCAAAUACUUAUCACUGACAACAAUGGUCUGGCCAGGAUAUUGUCAUUUAAAAAGUGGAGUUGCAGCCCUCAACUGAUGUUUAGAGACAGGGGUAGCUGCAGCUUGGAGCAAUGGGCGUGGCAGGAGGUAGGGGCGUGGCAGGAGGUAGGGGCGUUGUAAGAGGUUUCUCAUUGGUCAAAGGAGCUUCCUCCUGGCAACUGCGUUGGCCAAUUAGCCGUAACCAUAGUUAUACAUCAUUUCCUUUAGCUAAAAAGAAAUCGUAAUUUUCUUUUGAAGGAAAGAAGAAGAUGGAUAUAAUACAUGUGCAAUAUAAUUUGAUGGUCUCUUUGCUUGACGUCUUUUCAGCUUCGGGGAUUAUUUAAUUGUUGUUGACAGAUACAUGUUACAGUGAGAAAAAUUAAUGCAUUUGCAUCGAAGACAUCCGAGUCGGCGAUUUAUGUCGAUGUCCCUUCUGUGCUCUGUUAGACCUUGUGAAUAUCGCAAGAUACAAAGCCAUUUGCAAAGCAACAGAUUUCGCGCGGUACGCCAUGAAGGGGGUCACUGUGCGUUAAGAUAGAGAGUUUGAUGGCUUCUGUUCGAAGGAAUGAGUUUUGAACACAAGAACACAAGCCUUUGAUGACAAC